AUGCAAAAAACGCCAGUUUGCAAACAAAAUAGAGAAAAAUGCGUCGAAGCAAAAUAUGGUUAUUUGAAAAAAAAAUGCGACAGACACGCCUUAGAUACUCACUUCCUUUCCGGGUACAGCCUGGGCAAAAAGCAAAUGCUUUGGGCCACAAUAAAAGGUGGAGGAGGAAGAAGAGCAGCAGUCGCCUCGUCCUCAUCGGGGCGUCCGAGAGCCGACUUACUCGGGUUGGGCCAAGCCAGGCUCGCGGCGGCCCUGACAACCGUGGGCACAUUGACCAAGUCUCGUGCGACUCCGACACGUCGACACCAUCGGCUUGAUGUGCUGUCUUCAUUGUGGCUAUUUUGGCUGCAAGAUGUAUUAUUUUAUGGCGAGGGGGCUUACAAAACACCCACGGCAGACGAGCAUGGCACUAAGGCCCUGGAGGCGAAACUUUCGCCCGACCAGCUCAAGCGUAAGACAGAGUCAGAGAAUCCGAGCCAGGAUCCUGCAAGGCUUGCACAUGCACUGGUACCCCGACAUGCAAGUAUGGGUAUCGGAAAGGGAUUGAACCGAAGCGUCAACCGGCUCAACAGAAUCCACACAUUCACGCUAACGACACUCAACAUCAAACCGGGAAAAGGGUGGCAUGCAGGUGUUGGGUGGUGUUGGGUGGUGUUGGCGGUAUCAACGAGCAAUGAAAGGCAAAUGUUUUGCCCUCAAAACGUCACAAGUUGGGGAGUGUGUGUGGGCAUGAGUUGUGGUGUGGACGAGCGAGAGGGAAGGCUCGACUCGGGCGUUAAAUUAGUCAAACGGCGUACGACCCUACGAGAAGGUGAGCGGAUGUGUCCGCCGUCGGAGAAUUCAACAAGCGCCGACUACACGGACGGCCAAAUAGCGUCGCCUUGGCCACCGAGACGUCUUAACUACUGUGCCGAAGCCAAGCCGAUCUCCGGAGCGGUCAGCUGGACGGCUAGGUUUCAAUACCGCCGGUAG